GCUGAUGCUACAACAACUUUUGCUGAUGCUACAACGGCUGAUGUUACAACAACAGUAGCUGACACAACUACAGUGGCUGACGCAACUACGGCAGAUACUACAGCAGCUGAUGCUACAACUACAGUGGCUGACACAACUACAGCUGAUGCUACAACAACAGUUGCUGAUGCAACAACGGCUGAUGUUACAACAACAGUAGCUGACACAACUACAGUGGCUGACGCAACUAUGGCAGAUACUACAGCAGCUGAUGCUACAACUACAGUGGCUGACACAACUACAGCUGAUGCUACAACAACAGUUGCUGAUGCAACAACGGCUGGUGUUACAACAACAGUAGCUGACACAACUACAGUGGCUGACGCAACUACGGCAGAUACUACAGCAGCUGAUGCUACAACAACAGAGGCUGACACAUUUUCAGGUGAUGCUACAACAACAGUUGCUGAUGCAACAACGGCUGAUGUUACAACAACAGUAGCUGGCACAACUACAGUGGCUGACGCAACUACGGCAGAUACUACAGCAGCUGAUGCUACAACUACAGUGGCUGACACAACAAUAGCUGAUGCUACAACAACUUUUGCUGAUGCUACAACGGCUGAUGUUACAACAACAGUAGCUGACACAACUACAGUGGCUGACGCAACUACGGCAGAUACUACAGCAGCUGAUGCUACAACUACAGUGGCUGACACAACUACAGCUGAUGCUACAACAACAGUUGCUGAUGCAAAAACGGCUGAUGUUACAACAACAGUAGCUGACACAACUACAGUGGCUGACGCAACUACGGCAGAUACUACAGCAGCUGAUGCUACAACUACAGUGGCUGACACAACUACAGCUGAUGCUACAACAACAGUUGCUGAUGCAACAACGGCUGAUGUUACAACAACAGUAGCUGGCACAACUACAGUGGCUGACGCAACUACGGCAGAUACUACAGCAGCUGAUGCUACAACUACAGUGACUGACACAACAACAGCUGAUGCUACAACAACUUUUGCUGAUGCUACAACGGCUGAUGUUACAACAACAGUAGCUGACACAACUACAGUGGCUGACGCAACUACGGCAGAUACUACAGCAGCUGAUGCUUCAACUACAGUGGCUGACACAACUACAGCUGAUGCUACAACAACAGUUGCUGAUGCAACAACGGCUGAUGUUACAACAACAGUAGCUGGCACAACUACAGUGGCUGACGCAACUACGGCAGAUACUACAGCAGCUGAUGCUACAACAACAGAGGCUGACACAUUUUCAGGUGAUGCUACAACAACAGUUGCUGAUGCAACAACGGCUGAUGUUACAACAACAGUAGCUGACACAACUACAGUGGCUGACGCAACUACGGCAGAUACUACAGCAGCUGAUGCUACAACUACAGUGGCUGACACAACUACAGCUGAUGCUACAACAACAGUUCCUGAUGCAACAACGGCUGAUGUUACAACAACAGUAGCUGACACAACUACAGUGGCUGACGCAACUACGGCAGAUACAACAGCAGCUGAUGCUACAACAACAGAGGCUGACACAUUUUCAGGUGAUGCUACAACAACAGUUGCUGAUGCAACAACGGCUGAUGUUACAACAACAGUAGCUGACACAACUACAGUGGCUGAUGCAACUACGGCAGAUACUACAGCAGCUGAUGCUACAACUACAGUGGCUGACACAACUACAGCUGAUGCUACAACAACAGUUGCUGAUGCAACAACGGCUGAUGUUACAACAACAGUAGCUGACACAACUACAGUGGCUGACGCAACUACGGCAGAUACUACAGCAGCUGAUGCUACAACUACAGUGGCUGACACAACUACAGCUGAUGCUACAACAACAGUUGCUGAUGCAACAACGGCUGAUGCUACAACAACAGUAGCUGACACAACUACAGUGGCUGACGCAACUACAGCUGAUGCUACAACAACAGUUGCUGAUGCAACAACGGCUGAUGUUACAACAACAGUAGCUGACACAACUACAGUGGCUGACGCAACUACGGCAGAUACUACAGCAGCUGAUGCUACAAGUACAGUGGCUGACACAACUACAGCUGAUGCUACAACAACGGUUGCUGAUGCAACAACGGCUGAUGUUACAACAACAGUUGCUCACACAACUACAGUGGCUGACCUAACUUCGGCAGAUACUACAGCAGCUGAUACCACAAGUACAGUGGCAGACACAUCUACAGCUGAUGCUACAACAACAGGUGCUGAUGCAACAACAGCUGAUGUUACAACAACAGUAGCUGACACAACUACUGUGGCUUACGCAACUACGGCAGAUACUACAGCAGCUGAUGCUACAAGUACAGUGGCUGACACAACUACAGCUGAUGCUACAACAACAGUUGCUGAUGCAACAACGGCUGAUGUUACAACAGCAGUUGCUGACACAACUACAGUGGCUGACGCAAUGACGGCAGAUACUACAGCAGCUGAUGCUACAAGUACAGUGGCUGACACAACUACAGCUGAUGCUACAACAACAGUUGCUGAUGCAACAACGGCUGAUGUUACAACAACAGUAGCUGACACAACUACAGUGGCUGACGCAACUACGGCAGAUACUACAGCAGCUGAUGCUACAACUACAGUGGCUGACACAACUGCAGCUGAUGCUACAACAACAGUUGCUGAUGCAACAACGGCUGAUGUUACAACAGCAGUUGCUGACACAACUACAGUGGCUGACGCAACUACGGCAGAUUCUACAGCAGCUGAUGCUACAAGUACAGUGGCUGACACAACUACAGCUGAUGCUACAACAACAGUUGCUGAUGCAACAACGGCUGAUGUUACAACAACAGUAGCUGACACAACUACAGUGGCUGACGCAACUACGGCAGAUACUACAGCAGCUGAUGCUACAACUACAGUGGCUGACACAACUGCACCUGAUGCUACAACAACAGUUGCUGAUGCAACAACGGC